GGCAGUGUAGACAGGUCUAGUAGAGAAGUAUCGAGAAGACGCUUUCACAGAGGAUAAAGUUUGAAGAUUUUCGGAGGAGCCAGGAGUGUGAGGAGGCAGCUGAGCGGCAGGAGGGAGCGCAGAGAGCUGCAGUGCGCGCUGUCAUUAGCGAAUAACGGAGACACUAGCUGUGAGCUCUCACUACCAGACUGUUGUUUUUGUCGAUGCAGGGGGGAAGCUGGGUUUCCUAUCCAACUAAGUCACUUGAUUCAGCUGGACAAGUAUGUCUUCGAUAGAAGAACGAGGAGAAGUAGCGAUCCCAUCCGCCCCAGGUUCCUCAUCAGCUGGUCUUGGUGUCGGCCCAGAGGCUGGAGCUAGCAGCGCAGGUCUGUCCGGGCUUCAGGAGGAACCGGGUGCUCGGAGAGACGGCUCCGUUCCAGAUACGGAUACAGAUGCACCACCCAAAAAACGCGUCAGACUGCAGGAGGGUGAAGCGGGUAAACUGGAGGAGCGUCUCUAUUCCGUUCUGUGCUGCACUGUGUGCCUGGACUUACCCAAAGCAUCUGUCUAUCAGUGUACAAAUGGGCACCUGAUGUGUGCUGGCUGCUUUAUUCACUUGCUGGCGGACUCACGGCUGAAGGAGGAACAGGCAACAUGCCCAAACUGUCGCUGUGAGAUCAGCAAGAGUCUUUGCUGUAGGAACUUAGCAGUGGAGAAGGCUGUGAGUGAACUGCCUUCAGACUGCAGCUACUGUCUCAAACAGUUCCCCCGCUCCAGCCUGGACCAUCACCAGUCAGAGGAGUGCCAGGACAGACUUACACAAUGCCGGUACAAGCGGAUUGGCUGCCCAUGGCAAGGACCAUUCCAUGAGCUCACUGCCCAUGAGGUGGAGUGCUGCCACCCAUCUAAGACUGGCAUCGAGCUGAUGGGCAUACUGGACGAGAUGGAUCAAAGUCAUCGCAGGGAACUGCAGCUUUAUAACAGCAUCUUUAGCCUGCUUAGCUUUGAAAAGAUUGGAUUCACAGAGGUGCAGUUCCGGCCAUAUCGCACAGAUGACUUUAUAACCCGGCUGUACUACGAGACACCGCGCUUCACAGUGCUUAACCAGACAUGGGUGCUGAAGGCACGGAUUAACGACUCGGAGCGCAACCCCAACCUGUCCUGCAAGCGCACCCUCUCUUUCCAGCUAAUCCUGAAGAGCAAGGUGAACUCGACGCUGGAGUGCUCCUUUCUGCUGCUCAAGGGCCCAUAUGAUGAUGUGAAGAUCAAACCUGUCAUCCAGCACCACGUCUUCUCUAACGAUGCCAACGAGACCGAGUACGCCCCGCUGCCCAUCAGUGACAGCGUCGAAUGCAACAAGCUGUUGGCCGCCAAAAACAUCAACCUGCGCCUUUUUAUUUUUCAGAUCCAGAAAUAGCGGGACAUGAAACAGAGUAGAAUGAAGGAGACAAGCUACAGGAGGAGUGAGGGGAGACAGGAUUAGGGAGUAAUUAUGUGGAAGGAAGCAAAAGGGAGGGGAAGCAACACUGAACCACACAUACCUCGAUAAGAUAUAAGGAUAAGGAUAACGAAGAGAAGGUGAAAUGCUUGUGCCUGUUCAACCUACAGUUGAUUGUGUUCGUCAGAUCGUCUGUGGUCCAAAAUGUUUAAUAAUGAUCUCUUACAAGACAAAAAAAUCAGACUUGAUUGGACACCACGUCUAAAUCGGAUGAAUGAAAGUGUGUGCAAGCAUUGAUGUAAAUGUGCAAGGAGAUCUAAUAUGGGCGCUGCACUUGAGUUGAAUAUCUGAGUGUGAGUGCAUAAGGGUCAGUUUUUUGUGACUGUGAGACAGAGACAGGCUUGUUGAAGGUAAUCCAAGAUGUGCUGGAUUAAUCUAACCCACAAUUUAGGCAGUGUUAAUCAAGACUUCCUGUGUACUGUAUGUGUGUGUGUGUGUGUGUGUGUGUCCGUGCAGUGGUUCUUUCUGCUCAGAACCUUCUCUUAAGGCUUACACACAUGCAAUCUCAGCAGAAAAUAGGCUGCACCUGCUUUAAAUGUAUUUUUGUAAGUGAAGGCCGACAUUUUACUUGAGGUACAGCAGGUCAGCUGGUAUAACAAAGCAGCUGCUGAUCUGUUGUGGGUGAGGAGUUUGCAUGGGUUUUUUUAGGUAUGUUUUUGCUCUUUGUGUGCUUUUAGGAACACACGUCUUAAGUUGAGUAACAUUCGUCUCGUAACUAACGUUAGUUUGACAUUUUUAACACAUGAGCCUGUGAAACCUAUCAUUAUAUCUUUGUUUGAUUUGCCAUUUCAUAUUUUCCUCCCUUGCUAUUACAAGGACACAACUAUACACAUCUCACUGUUGGAUGUUUUUUUGGCAGCUAGCAUCAGCAGCCAGGCCACUACCGCUUGAUACUUUGUUUAAAUUUACAAAUAGAAACUAAAUAUUGACCACAAAAACAAACUGGGCAGGUACCAAAACCUUGGUUAUAAACACACGCUGUCAGCAGGGUAUAUCACAAAGCAGGGUUUGUUGGUUAGUAUUUACUACUCUGGCUUAGUGGUGUCAUGAAGGUUGUUUAUUUUUGAACCAGCUCAAACAAUAUCAUGGUUUCAUUCAAGCAAGUGAUAAUCCAAAAAAAAAAAAAAAAAAAAAGAAUAUAUUAGAAUUAAUUUACAACUAUAAAAUUAGCAUUUAUAUGUUAGAUAAUUUUGUUUUUAUUUGUUCAUUUUUUAGCCUAACAUGAUCCUGAAUUCUAAACAUUAGGCAGAAGAAUCAUUCUGACAAACAACAGAGCCACAGGAGUUUAUUUAAAUUCAUUUAGUUAUGACCAGCACCAAUAAAUGAACUUGGUCUGAAGUAUUUGUUAGAAAUGACAUGUAAUGACUGUAUUAUGUAAAUUUGAACUCUAGAUUUUAUUCUGUCUGCAGUUAAAUAUGACAUAGAAACUAUUUCUGUUUAAAUAAGUGAUUUUUUAGAAAGCUCACUGUUUUUAGCUGGAAAUAAAAACCAUACAGAUUUAGCCCCUUUCCUUGCUGUUUUCCAAAGCCAUGUCUCAAAUUCACUUGAAUUCAUUUAUUAAUUCAUGUAUUUAUUUAUUCACCUUUACCAAUUGCUUCAUUCUGAAUAAGGUUGUAGUGAGUCUGACACCACUUGGAAACAGUGGAUGCAAGGCCUCUGUACUGGGCACACCAGUACAGGGCGCAAAUCCACUCAAGGCCAACAUGCUCACAUAUUAUUUACAUCUUGAAAAAAUAUAAGGCAUUCAGUUCAUCUUCUAUGUUCUUAGGAGGUGAGAGGAAACCGGACUACUAUCCAUACAUACAUUCAAACAUUUAAACAUGAUUGACAGGAGAGUAGAAUGAAUCUUUUUUUGCUGAUUGCUGAAUCAAUUCAAUAUUGAUUGUCACCCUAUUAAAAUGAUUUUAAUUUUUUUAAACUAGUAACAGAUGUAGCAUGUGAAACAGAAAACAUAUACAAUGUAACAUUCUCAAUAUAGCUUUGAUAACUUUAAUAAUUAUUCUGGACUGAAGAUCGCAUGCUACCAAUUUUAUUUGCCGCUUAUACAAAAAAGCGCAAGAACAAAGUCUGGAUUCACGUUAAUCCAUAUCCAAUUUUGUGGUACCUAUGAAUCCAACUUGUAAAUAUUUGGUUAGGUGAAACCAUCUACAGAAAGCCUGAUACGUUGAGGUAGCUAUGUGGUCUUGCCCUUUGGAAACCAGAGCCAGAUGGGGUAUAAUCAGACCCUAGUGAAAGUAAACUCCACUGUAACUGAUCAGUUUGGACAUACUUGAAUUGUUGCAGGAAAACAGAGUGGGUUUGGUAUUGAGGAGUCUAGUUUAAACUGUUUCUGUAUUGAAAAGCUUAUAAUUUUCACAUUAAACUCUGUAAGCCUGUAUUUGUGCCUUUCUAUUAAAACUCAUCUAAACAAA